CAUCGUCUUUUAAAUAAAAACCCUAAAAACUCAAGAUCGCAUCUCCCAACGUUCAAAUUUGAACUUCCCUCGACCAAUUUUCCCACUUAUUUUUUGAACUUYUCUCCCCCUCUCCCCCCGUCUCUCUGAAUCUCUCUAUCUGUCUCUCUGAUUAAACGAAGAAAGGUACAAGAAUGGGUGGUUCACACAGUCGCGAGGAUUUGGAGACGUCAGACGAAGACGAAGAAGAAGAAGAAAACGAAGAAGAAUACCAAGAUGCUGAAGAGGAAGGAGAAGAAAGGCAACAGAGAUCUUCAGGAAACAAAGGCAAAACCCUAACUUCUCUAGAUGAGGUCGACGCUAAGCUCAAAGCUCUAAAGCUCAAAUACCCAUCACAUAAUCCUACUCUCAAGAACGCCGUGAAGCUCUAUCUUCACGUCGGAGGCAAUACCCCUAAAGCCAAAUGGAUAACGUCGGAGAAACUCACCUCUUACUCCUUCGUCAAGACGUCCAGAAUCGACGACUGCAGCGAUGAAGAUGGAGAAUCCGACCACGAUGGAGAGUCCUGGUGGGUCUUAAAGGUUAGCUCCAAGGUCAGAGCUAAGGUUGCAACAGAGAUGCAAUUGAAGAUGUUCGGCGACCAGCGUCGCGUCGAUUUCGUCUCACAAGGCGUCUGGGCAAUGAAGUUCUUCACCGGCGAAGACUAUCGGAAUUUUAUAUCUACUUUCCAGGGUUGCUUGUUUGAGAACAUUUACGGUCUCGAAGCCAAUGAUGAGAACAAAGUCAAAAUAUAUGGAAAGGAUUUUAUUGGAUGGGUGAAGCCGGAAGCUGCCGACGAUUCGAUGUGGGAGGACGCUGAAGACAGCCCUUUUAAAAGCCCCAGCUCGGCGACUCCAGUGAAGGCGAGUCGGGAUCUGUUGGAAGAGUUUGAGGAGGCGGCAGACGGUGGAGGAAUUCAGAGCUUGGCCUUGGGUGCGUUGGACAAUAGUUUCUUAGUGAGUGAUUCUGGUAUUCAGGUUGUCAAGAAUUUCAGUUAUGGAAUUCAAGGAAAAGGUGUUUGCCUGAAGUUCAACAAUGGGAAUUCGAGAGGUGGUUCGAAUUUGGGGCUUUCAACACCCAAGAAAGCCCUUCUCAUGAAGGCAGAGACUAAUAUGCUCCUCAUGAGCGCGAUGAAUGACGACGGUAAGCCUCAUGCAAGGGGGCUUCAUCAGCUUGACAUUGAAACGGGAAAGGUUGUUACCGAAUGGAAAUUUGAGAAGGAUGGAACUGAUAUUACCAUGAGAGACAUCACUAAUGAUAGUAAGGGGGCCCAAUUGGAUCCUUCAGAGUCUACUUUCUUGGGGUUGGAUGAUAACAGGCUCUGCCGGUGGGACAUGCGUGAUCGCAAAGGGAUGGUUCAGAAUCUUGCAACUUCCAGCACUCCUGUCCUGCAUUGGGCCCAGGGGCAUCAGUUCUCACGAGGUACAAACUUUCAGUGCUUUGCCACCACAGGUGAUGGCUCAAUUGUUGUUGGUUCUUUCGAUGGGAAGAUCCGCCUGUACUCGCAGACUUCUAUGAGACAAGCAAAGACCGCUUUUCCAGGGCUUGGUUCCCCUAUAACCCAUGUAGAUGUAACUUUUGACGGGAAGUGGAUUCUGGGUACGACUGAUACCUAUCUGAUCCUUAUUUGCACCUUGUUUACGGACAAAGAUGGAAAGACCAAAACUGGUUUUAGUGGUCGUAUGGGGAACAGGAUCUCUGCUCCAAGAUUGUUGAAGUUGACUCCUUUGGAUUCCCAUUUGGCUGGGUCGAACAAUAGGUUCCGUGGUGGACAGUUCUCGUGGGUCACUGAAAAUGGGAAGCAGGAGCGCCACCUAGUCGCAACAGUUGGAAAGUUCAGUGUGAUAUGGAAUUUCCUGCAAGUGAAGGACAGUACCCAUGAGUGUUAUCGGAACCAGGAGGGUCUUAAGAGCUGUUACUGCUACAAGGUUGUCCCGAAAGAUGAGUCUAUUGUCGAUAGCCGCUUCAUGCACGAUAGGUUUGCAGUCACUGAAUCGCCUGAGGCUCCCUUGGUGGUUGCAACGCCAAUGAAAGUCAGCUCCUUCAGCAUUUCUAGUAGGCGAUGACAUGUUAAACUGCCCUUGUUUACAUGUUAAAAUUGUUAACUGUUAUAUAUAUAUAUAUUAUGCAGGAUAAUAAUUCAAUUGCUGCACCUUGAAACUUAAUUGUAUUUCAGAUUGUCAUGUUGGGUUGGGUAUAUAUCAUAUUAUGUAUGUUUGUGGCUGUGCUGGACCUCUUUAUCCAUUUCCACAAGAUCAUGUCGAUUUUAACAGAUGAUUUUGGUUAUGAAACAAGACCACAUUGCAUUUGCAAUUCA